AUGACUUCUCAGGGGUCCGAAAAGAAACAGGCGCACGAGGACAGAAAACUAGACAGACUACUUUCCACGUCGAGUUUGCUUUUGUCCAUUCUUUGUUGUAUCGCAAUAUUUCACAUGGAACUCGGAAUACAAGAACAUCGUCGACUGAUAUCACAUUCCAACACUGGAACAUUCCGAGACGAAAUGGUAACAGAAAUCCUUCGAAAAGUUCAACAGGAGUGUGGAAGUUGGCGAGAAACCAAAGACAGCCAUUUAAAAGGUGAUUGGCAGACAACAACGUUCUGUUACUUGUUAUGUUCUUUACAUUUGUUUGCCAUGCGGUAUAGAUUCUCUUCAGUAAGUGGGGCUAUAUCUGAACAGUUUAACUUCUUUUCUAAUUGCAUUAGCGAUCCUGAAAGGUAGAAGAAAUAUCUCAGCACUGUUUGCGCGUCGGAGGCUUGAUCAUGACGGUUUAUGAUUACAAUUUUUUUCACUGGCAUUCCCACCCUGAAGGCAAAAAGUAUAUUUUUUUAAAAAGAAAAUUUGUAAAUUGUAAAUUGCAAAUUGCUUGUUUACCCACGAAGCGCAUAGGAGUUCACAUAAACUCGUUUAAACCUGUCCGUGCGUUCCAUAUCGAACAAAUAAUGCUUCUAAAAAAUUCUGUGUUUAAAGUAAGCGAGCAAAAAAAAAACACAAUGAGAGAUGGCGCUGUAAUCCUCUCCCUUGAAAACCAAACUCGACCAAUAUAUCCGUUAGUUGACCUGCCAUCCUCUACAAUUAUUAUUCUCGUGACAAUUAUUAAAUACGCUCUUUUAUAUUGUACUUGGCCAAAACUAUUCGUUUUUCCUCUGAUAAUAUCAAUUGCGUAGGUACCUGGUUCGUAUUUACCCUUAGAUAGCUUCAAUGUUUAAAUAGUUUAAUUGGCUUUUUAAACUUAUCUUCAAGGCCAGAGAGAUGCAGUUUCAAGACAAAGGCGGGCAUCAGGGAGUGGCGCACAAAAUAAUUCGACUCAAGGAGCGGCUGAAGUAAAACGUCUUAUUAAAGAAGAACUUCGUCUGCAACAAAAUCAAAUUUGUGCUAAAGAUGAAACGCUCUGCCGCCCUGGACCAAAAGGUAGCAGAGGACGACGGGGAAGACCUGGAACCCAAGGGAGACCAGGUCCCCCAGGGAAACCCGGUCCAAGGGGUCCUCCUGGUAAACAUGGACCAGUAGGACCCCAAGGACCAAUGGGCAUAAAAGGAGAUCUCGGAGUUCCGGGUGUCCCUGGUCCCACGGGACUUAGAGGCCCGCCAGGUGAGAAAGGCGAAAGAGGUGAGCCGGGCCAGUCCAUCUCGGCUCCAUCUCUGCUGCAGCGUCCUGUUGAAACCACAGUCAAUGAAAGUCAGACAGCCAUCUUAAAAUGCACAACGGACGGUAAUCCAGCUCCACUUGUCACGUGGUCUAAGGUGAAUUCAUCGCUUCCUGAGGGACGUCAUGUGGUAGAGUCAAGUGGUGCUCUGAUUUUAAAGAACGUUAUACCUGGCGACGAGGGCUUGUACAACUGUCGAGCUCAGAAUUUGCUGGGACGCGUCAACCAUUCAGCAAAACUGAUUGUUCACUGUGAGCAGCUUAAUCUGAUUUGUCAUUAUUAUUUGUUUGCGAGCACGUGAUAAGGCAGUCAGUUGACGAAGCAAAACCAUUUUUUUUUUUCGCAGAAUUUGCAUGAAAAAAGAGUUUAGUUCCAAGCGCAGGAAAACACUUUUGAGUUUCCUUAUUGUCAACCAACAUGGUCGCCGUGACGUGAGCUUCAAACCAGCAAUUUUAAACAUCUAGGCUUUUCUUUAGGUAGAAAUUCUAUCUUCAGUGGGUAUCGGGUAAUUCAAAUUUGUUUAAAGGUACAAAAAUAUUUCAUUUAGCUGGAGUGUUCAAGAGCUGAAUAUCUAGAAUUUGUGUAGUAUUUACCAGUGGCCUUGGUUUUGAGUCGGAAUGUAGUCUGUCAAAAUCCAAUUUUAGUUUUAUCGUGCUCGAACAGCACCCAGCAAUGAGGUAUAGGAGUUAUGUUUUCUUCAAAAUUUCAAGUACACCAAAACUUUGAUUUUAAGAAUUGAUGAUUUUUCCUCGGAAAAGCUUUCUUUUUUUUCACGAUUACUUUUCGUUUGUCUUUUCGGAUCAAUUUAGGUUUGUGGGAAACUGCCCACUACCACUCCCCUAACUCAUCAUUUUGCCCAAAGUAAGAAUGGUUAUUAAGUGUUAAUGUUAGCUUAGGGGAGGGGUAGGUGGACAGUUUCCCAGAAACGUUAAUUGAUCCCUUUUUUUCUUUAUUUUUAUCCAGUUCAUCCUCAAUUACGUUUGUCAUCUAACCGACUAAUGGCGGAAGAGGGGCAAAAUGUGACAAUCGUCUGCAAUGCUUCUGGUCAACCACAACCCAAGGUCACGUGGUCAAAGGCCGUUGGGAGUUUGACGAAAGACAGAACCUCCGUGGUAAAAGGAGCUUUGACAAUCUGCAAAGUGACGAAGAGCGACGGUGGAACAUAUGUGUGCAGAGCACAAAAUAUUCUGGGGUCGGUAUCCGUCGCUGCCUAA